AUGACCUUCCUAACCUUAACUAUAGUUAAGAUUCAAAGUACAACAUCAUUUUAUACCAUGUCACAAACAAAACAAAACAAAAUACUAUUAAAAAAUGAUUCACAACGUCACCGAGUAUUAGUUUUAUUUCACUUAAUUGAUGGCUUGACAUUUUUAAUUCGUUUUAUUAUUUUAUGUAUGGAUUUAUCAGCUAUUACUAACAAUACAAAAAAUCAUCUCAAUGAUAGUCUUCGUUAUUUAUUACCAAUAUUAGUUUUAGAAUUAUUAAGUUCAUUUAUAUUAUUUUUAGUUGAUUCACUGUAUUUAAUUUUAAAAUAUUUGGGUGGAAUUUUUUAUGAAAAAACAGAUUCAGAUGAUAUAUGUAAUGAACGUAAAUAUUUAUGGCCAUUAGCAACAUUAAUAUGUUUUAAAAAAGUUGAUUGUUAUUAUGAUUAUCCAAAAUUAAUAAUAUUAACUCGAAUAUAUAUUUUAAUUGGAUGUUGGUUAUUAAGAUUUAUAUCAUUUUGUCUUGCAUGUGCAUGUGAUAAUCAAUAUUUCCCAAGAGGAGUAGCUUAUGCUGUUAUUACAUCACUUUCUCUGGUAUUAUCAGUAUUUACAAUAUUUUUCGAAUAUCUACAUUAUAAACGUUUAUGGAACUAUCAUCUUCAAGAUGACUAUGAAAUUAAAUAUAAUAAAGCACAUUUAUGUUUUUUACCAUACUCAGUUAUUAGUGAUCAGCGAACAACCGAAUGGCAUUCACCACAAUGUCGUCGUGGAUCAAACUGUCAAUCAAAAAGUUUAGUUCAUAUUUUAGUAUAUCAUUCUAGUAGAGACACGGCUUAUCUCAUAUCGACAGAUGUAAAAGGAUUUAAACCAGGUAGUAAGGGUAUGCUAGGCGAAGGUAUUUAUUUUGCCACAUCAAUCAAUCACACAGAAACAAAAGCACAUUAUUUUGGUGCAUAUAUAUGUGUUAAAGUUAAUUUAGGGCGAAUAUAUCGUACAAACGUGAGAAGACUAGUAUUAACACCUGAACUUAAAAAACACUAUGAUACAGUCUAUUUUAAACAUUCACAGGGUUUGGACGAAUUUUGUGUUUUAAAUCCUAAACAAGUAUUAUCAUGGAUUAUAACAGUUAAUCAAGAUUUAGAUGUGACAAGUAAAUUUGAACCAUGUGUAGAUAAUAUUGCUGCACAGUGGGCAACUAAGCGGACAUUAGGCCAAAAAGUCGAUUUUAUCUAUCUUGAAAUACAAAUAGUGCAAAAUGUAGCUCUUGAAAUUCUCUAUCGAAUGGUGUAUAAACGUCUAUUGUGA